UUAUUUUGACAGAAAAGACACUAUUCCCCUUUUAAUUUCUUGAAGUGCCAUAGGAGGAGAAGAGAAGCAGCAGCAGAAGAAGAAAGGAGGAGUGGGAUUCAUGUUAAAGAGGAUUAGCCCUGCCUGAGCCAUCUGUAGUCCCGGACUGAUAAGCCUAGUUACAUGACAGAUCAGUUCUCUAACAACAAACUCCCUGGCACAAACAAUCAGUGUGCCAGUCGCUAUUAAACCUCGGACACAACAGGUGUCCGCAGAACUCAUUAAGCUAAUAACUGUGUUUAUUUCUUAAUGUUUAGCUGGUAAUGAGUUAAUGAAAUAUACUAUCACUUUACAUUUAUUCAUUUAGCAGAAACCAAAAAAAAAAAAAGCUUCUUGCAACAAAGAAUCUUAACUGCACAUUCCAUCAGCUGACGUACGUCGUACGUGCAUGUGACGUAGUUACGUUAACACGGCCCAAUCACGCGUCCGUCUCCAAUGGCAACCAAGUGCACUUGUGUCGCCUAUCAAGGAUGGAUUCUUUAACGGAGAGUGAAAUAGCGCAGAUAGUGAGACACCAGAGAGAUGCUGGUGUGCAGAGGCUGAGCGGUCACUUCUCAUGGCCUGAGUUCUGCGAUGAACGUCGGUGCUGCCAUCAGGAGUUUGUGUAUGAUGUAGCUAUGUUUGCUGCGGCCCGUGGCUUCCCCUGGCUUAACGUGAUCCAGACAGCUGUGAUCGCCAAAGGCAUCUUCCCACAGCUGGACGUUCUCGAUGUUCCCAAACUCCUGUCCUUGCUGAGAGAUGCGCUGUCUGAGUGUUUGCCUAACCUUACCUCUGUCCACCGACACGAGUUCACCCGGUUCCUCAUACACACCUGCUUCUCCUGGGUGAGGCUUUUCCAGGCGGCAGUGGGUGGAGCUGCUAACACGUCCAUCGCUCAGCUACACUUGGAGGUGCAGUUGCCGCCCUACACCCUGUCCUCUAGCACAGGGCAUAGAGCUGCAUGAGUGGGAGCAUCGGCGCCAUCAAGCCGAGCUCACCUCGAUGUUGCGAAAGAAGGAGGAGAAGCUGCAGGGUCUCCGAGAAGGCUCGAGGGUCACUGUGGGGGAGGUCCAAGUUCCAGAGGAUAUGCGAGUGGACAAAGAGGGUGUUUUGGCAUUGGUUCGUGCAGCACUGAGGGCCACAGAAGAUCAGAUGCGGGCAAGCCUGAACCAAGAGGCCUCCCUUCUCUGUGACAUCGUGCAGCUCAAACUGCAGCAGGCAGCGUUGGCCACCGGAAGGCUCCACAAUCCUGUUAUUUCACACACAGGUCACAUCGGCUUACAUUCAGACACAGCAGCAAAGGCAAAGCUGAACAAAGCAAAAGGACUGAGGGAGUCUGGGAAUGCAGAGUGAGGACUGGACCUCUGUGAAUAAAGCUAAAUGGAGGACGACACUGAAAGUUAUUUAAUCUAAAAAGUUUAAACUCUCUUACUUGUGGAUGUGGAUGUUUUUAAUCAUAUUUGCCAA